AUGCUCCGCGAGCGCCAGGCCCUGAUCCAGGCGCAGCAGCAGCAGCAGCAGCGACAACUACCAUCAUCGUCGCCGCAGCGCCAGCAGCAGCCGUACGACCCGGACAUCUCGGCCGAGGAGUACGCAGAGUACGAGGCGCACCAGGCCGAGCUGCUCAGGCGGCAGAGCGAGAUGAUGAGGGCGCAACAGCAGCAGCAGCAGCAGGCGCCGGUGCAGCGGCUGGGACAGCCGGGCCGGGGUGCGGCUGUGAUGCAGACGACGCCGACGCCGGGAGACGGGGGCCGUGGGGGCCGCACGAGGGAGGACAGGAUCGGCGUUGGACGGCGCGGGAGGUGA